CAACAGAAAAGCACCAAAGCAUUUUCUUCGAUAGCUCGCGCUGUACCCAACUCCUUCAGAACGUCGAGAAAUGGAAACUCCUUCCCAUCUAUAAAAAGGUACGAAAAGCGACGCUGUUGUUGCAGCCGAGAAGAAUUCAUUGUUGUGCGGAUACAAUUUCGCCUUGUUCUCACGACGCCUUGUGAUCGAUUCGUCUUUAUUUUUGAACCCAAACAUCCACGCGUAACAGUGGUUACAAUUCCGUUGUCCGAAGAAACAUGGUUCAAGGAGUCGUCAUAGAUAACGAGAAUUGCCUUGUCAACACCAACCCGGCUACCGGGGAAAUCAUCUCCCGUGUAAAAUGCACAAGCCCCGACGAACUCGAAGGGAUAAUCGAAACGGCAAGAGCAUCGCAAAGGGCAUGGCGCAUGAAGUCUUUGGAAGUCCGCGUGGGUCUGCUGAAAGAAUGCAUCGAGGAAUUGGCCGCUGUCUCGGAUCCAAUGAUCAAGCUGAUCGUCCAAGAAAUGGGGAAACCGAUCGGUGAGGCCAAAGAAGAAGUGGAUUACGCGGUUGAAGAUCAGGACGAAUACUUUGACAUUUUAUUGGAUGCCAUCAAGCCCAAAGCCUAUGGGAAAAGCACAGUAGUUCGGCAUCCUUAUGGCGUUGUGGCAAUCAUGAGGUAAGUAUGCUGCGAGCGAUGUUGCGAGCCAAUGGUGGUGAGAGCUUCGAGAAUGCCGGUUAUAUACCCCAACCACCGCACUCGGAUGCAUUUUCUUGUUCUCCCCAAGCUAAUCAUUGUCAUGCUUUGGUUCGCACUUUACACGAAUACAUCGAUGCGACACAAGUCCUUGGAAUUUCCCUCUCGGUGAAAUAAUGUUGUUGGCCCUGCCGUCCCUCGCCAGCGGGAACACUGUUAUUGUGAAACCAUCCGAGGUAGUGCCGGAAACGGGCGCCCUCAUGGUAAAAACAAUGCAAAAAAUUCUGCCCGAAGGUGUCAUCCAGCUCGCCCAGGGCUCGGGAUCGGUGGGGGCCGCACUGGUGGCCCAUCCCGGAAUCGAUCUGGUGGCCAUGACGGGGAGUUCCGCCACGGGGAAAAAAAUCCUCGAGGCCGCCGCACCGCAGCUCAAGCGAGUCAUACUGGAAAUGGGUGGAAAGGAUCCCAUGGUGGUCUGCGCCGAUGCGGAUCUGGAAAAGGCAGCCAGGGAUGCUGUCAUGUAUUCGCUGUCGAACACUGGGCAAGUCUGUUGCUCGAUCGAGCGGAUUUACGUCGCGGAUUCGGUCUAUGACGAAUUCCAGGAGUUAGCCAGGGUUGCUGCAAUGGACUACAGGGUCGGCAACGGGAUGGACGCAGGAAAUAAUGUGGGACCCAUGGUGUCGAAGAUGCAAAAAGACCAGGUCCACGAGCAGGUGGAAGACGCCCUUGCCAAGGGGGCAAAGCUCUUGCACCAGAGCGAAAUCCCGGAAACCGAGAGCAACAAAGGUGGAUCCUUCUAUCCGGUGACGGUCCUGGCGGACGUAGACGAGACCAUGAAGCUAUUCACGAAAGAAACUUUUGGGCCGGUAGUCGCGAUCGCAAAAUUCGAUGGAACGGAGGAAGAAGCCGUGCGGCUGGCCAACGACACAGGUAAAGAUUUUGGCAGUGAUUUAACGGCUCACAAAUGCGCAGUAGGUUUUGUCUCUGACCGAUAAUCCUUCGCUUCCUCUUCUUUUUGUUCCAGAGUAUGGCCUCGGCAGCUCGGUGUAUACCAAAGAUACGGACAAGGCCACCCGAAUCGCUUCCCUGAUCGACGCCGGUCAAGUCGGCAUCAACUGUUACCCCCUCGACAACAUGGGAGUCCAAUGUCCCUGGUAAGUAACGCGUCACCAACCACAGUUUGUACAAAACCUCGGCGCUCAGAGCUGAGUGUGUGCGUCACUCUAAUACGACAGAGUCUUGCCAAGAUUCUGUCAACACAGUACAGGGACUUAUACAUUUGACCCGUGCGAUAAUCUACAUAAUCUUGCUAAACAUUUUGUGCCUCGUGUAUUGUUUUGUUCCUUUCUCUGCUGCUGCUACUAUUUACGAAUCUUAUGAUGGUUUAGGGUCGGGCACAAGGCCAGCGGAUUUGGUUUCCAUUCUGGCAAGGAUGGUUGUCUUCAGUUUUCGAUCCCCAAAACCAUUGUUUCUGGAUAAUGGCGUUCCUUGGGCGGUUUGGUUAGUUUCGCUUUGUUUUCUAAACC